AUGAAAAAUGUGCUUAAUAAAUUCCUUUCAAUUAUUUAUGUUUAUUUGUUACAGAUAGCUUUCUUAUUUCAUACAACUGGAGCGUUGCGAAGUUGUAAAAACUUUAAUAUCUACUUAAGUGGAAUUGAUGAAACACCCAUCGAUACAUUGAACCAAAGCAGUUGCGAUCUCCUAAAAGAUUUAGCAAAUGAAUGUGGCUCCGUAACACUUGAAAUAGAAUUAGAUGAAUUCGUGUCAAAAUAUUACGAAGAGAAUUACGAUAUUUCUAUACAAACAAUUCAAACAAACAUAACACUUAUCAAUACAGAUAUUUUCAAUAAUAGUACUAUUGUAGGAGGUUCUGAAAAAUCUGAUACGAACCUACCUGUAGUGGUCCUGGUUACUUUGGCGUCUGUUGCCUCAGGCGGUGUUAUCUCAUAUUUUCUCGCGGAAAAAAUUAAAACAAUGCUUCAAUCUGGAUCAUACUGCUCUACAAGCAACAAUUACACAACGAUAUCAACAGAAAUAUUUAAACUGCGUAAAAAGUGUGGC